AUUCAAAAAAAAAGAUUUAUAAAAUACAAAAUAAAUAUUAAAAAAAUCUGAAAAAAUCCGAAAAAAAUAACUAAGAAACUAGAUUUUUCAAGCUUCGAUUCGGUUAUUCAAACGUCGAAAACGGAUAAGCGGAACUCCAAAAAAGGGGGGUGUGGCUCCUCGAACACAUUUGUUCAAACUGCUGGAAAUGAGGAAAAAGCUCAAAUGUCAUAUAUAGGGAGGGGGUUGUCGCCCCUCCCUGGGCAGUGGGGUUGGGCGCUCGGUAGCGCGCGCGGGGCGCUCGUUGGGCGCUCGAUGGGGCGCUCUUCGGGCGCUCUUCGGGCGCUUCUCGGGCGCUUUGGGCUAUCAUCCUGGAACUAUGCGGGCAUUCUAUGCUUGGCCAGUCCUGAGUUGGUGGCAUAAGGUUAUAACCCAAAAACUGCUCUCCUGGAGGCGGGCUGUCGACUCUGGAGUCCUUAGAUGACACCAGUGCUCGGCGCCGUCUUGGUAGCUUUGAGUCUUUGAUCUCAUUGCUUGGGGAAAAUUGACAGCGUUGGUGAGGAUCCAGGUCACUUCACCAACGGGACCCUAGGGAACGGAUUAGAAGGGAGGGGUUCUCCACCCUCCCUGUGGGCAGACGGUAUUCGGGCGCCUCGGGCUCUCUUCGGGAUCCUGGUUGAGCACUCCACUUGGAUGCUUGGCCAGUCUUGAAGGGGGCAUGUUCCAACUAAAAACUGCCCUCCCCCAUGGCUGAGGAGCCCUUGGGCUCUUUUGCUUGUGGGGAACAACGUUGGUGUGAUUAGGAUCAGACGCACCAACGGUGACCUGGUAGGAGUGAUCCGUUUGUUGGAGGGGUCGGGCUCCCCCCUCCAAAAACAACGUUGGUGUAAAAUUGGCCAUAGCACCAACGGAGACCGUCCCGGAGCGGCCAAGCGGGAGGGGAAACUUCCCCCCUCCCGCUGGGAAGAUUUUUAAGGGACCAGAUGGUUGUGUUCCCAAAGACAUUCAUGUGGGGUGCUUGGCGUAGACUUGAUGGUAUUUUGCGCAAAGACACUCCUAUGGGGUGCUCGGCCUAGACCUGAUGGUUCGUGCUAGGACAUUCUGCGGGGUGCUCGGAAUAGACCUGAAGAGAACUUGAAAUCUUCCCUCCCCCCUGGCGGGGCUGCCAACUCUGGUGUCCUCGGAUGAUGCCGGUGCUUGGCGCUGCUAGGGUCGCUGAGGAGUCCUCGGGCUCUUUGGCGUUUGGGAAAAACGUUGGCGUGAAUAGGGUCAGACACGUCGACGUUGACCGUGAAGGAGAAGUGAUCCAUUCGUAUGGAGGGGACCCCGGCUCCCCCCUCCCGAAAACAACGUUGGUGUAAAUGGCCAUAGCACCAACGGAGACCGUCCCGGAGCGGCCAAGUGGGAGGGGAAACUUCCCCCCUCCCGCUGGGAAGAUUUUUAAGAGACCUGAUGGUUGUGUUCCCAAAGAUAUUCAUGUGGGGUGCCUGGCGUAGACUUGAUGGUAUUUUGCCCAAAGACACUCCUAUGGGGUGCUCGGCCUAGACCUGAUGGUUCGUGCUUGGACAUUCUGCGGGGUGCUUGGAAUAGACCUGAUGAGAACUUGAAAUCUUCCCUCCCCCCUGGCGGGGCUGCCAACUCUGGUGUCCUCGGAUGACGCCGGUGCUUGGCGCUGCUAGGGUCGCUGAGGAGUCCUCGGGCUCUUUGGCGUUUGGGAAAAACGUUGGCGUGAAUAGGGUCAGACACGUCGACGUUGACCGUGAAGGAGAAGUGAUCCAUUCGUAUGGAGGGGACCCCGGCUCCCCCCUCCCGAAAACAACUUGGUGUAAAUGGCCAUAGCACCAACGGAGACCGUCCCGGAGUGGCCAAAUUCGCGCAUAGCGGUUCACGUUGCUUACACUACUGUGGGUUGAUUUCUUUUAGACCUUUGGGUUUUGAAGGGUUCAGCCUAAUGUAUGUGGGUUUCGUGUUGUACGUGGAGCGCAUGGGUUGUGAUUUGUAUUUCCCGGUUGGUUGGAUCCCUGUCUCGGCAGCGACAAUCGCUUGGUCUUACAUGUUCAUUAAGUCAGAGAGUUGUGAAAGAUGCCCUCAGAUGAGAUUGGUGCCCUGCGUAAUAUACCUAUCGUGAUGGAAUUUCGAUGUCCCAUAGUCCCUAAUUCGUCUUGUGCAUUUUAUUUUGUGCAAGACUGACAAUGAAUCUAACAUGGUCUUCCGCCCUUUCAUUUCCUUUUGGUCUUGUAAGUGUCGGGAGUCCAUGUGUUGAGGGAAAUCUUGAAUGCGGAACUGGUAAUCGAUUAUGGACUUGGUCCAUACUUUUCCGAGAUAUAUGUCCCCUACGGAAGUCCGUUGCGCUUUGUGUUGAGUAAUGGGUGCUAAUGUAUCUUUUGCUCAUGCUUUGCCUUCGGCCUGAAGGAAUGCUACCUGGUUGAUCCUGCCAGUAGUCAUAUGCUUGUCUCAAAGAUUAAGCCAUGCAUGUGUAAGUAUGAACUAAUUCAGACUGUGAAACUGCGAAUGGCUCAUUAAAUCAGUUAUAGUUUGUUUGAUGGUAUUUGCUACUCGGAUAACCGUAGUAAUUCUAGAGCUAAUACGUGCAACAAACCCCGACUUCUGGAAGGGAUGCAUUUAUUAGAUAAAAGGUCGACGCGGGCUCUGCCCGUCGCUUCGAUGAUUCAUGAUAACUCGACGGAUCGCACGGCCUUUGUGCCGGCGACACAUCAUUCAAAUUUCUGCCCUAUCAACUUUCGAUGGUAGGAUAGUGGCCUACUGUAAGACCCUUAUGUUGCUAAGACGGAUUUUAGCAAGGGGACGUUAAGUCACCCCGAGUCGACCCUGUGGAUUGGCGUUGGGCUGGGCGCCAGGGUCAAAGCUUAAGGUAGCUGGGUUUAUAUUGGGGCAAGGUAGCAGAUGGACAUGUCGCCUUGUGUAGCCUUGGAUUGGCUUGGAAGACCCUUGAGUGGUUUUGUGGGAUUUGGACUUGGAGCGUUGGGGCGACUCCAAGGGCGGUCGCUGAGCUGGGCAGCGACCAGGCGCAGGUAGAGCGCAGGUAGGGCGCUACUGGGCGACGGCGCCUGAAGGGUGGCAUUAACCCGGGCUGAUGGAUGCUUGGGGUAAAUUGUUGGAAGCUAAGUGCUAGAGAGUUGGAGUCUUGGGCUUAGUAAAUUGGGCAGGUUGCUCAGGCCAAGUGAGGGAGGCACUUGGGCCAAAAUGGAGUUGCGUACAUAGGCGCUUGGGCUGCGUCCUAUGGGCGCCUGGACACUCUUGAGAAGUGUUUUGGUGGGCUAAUCAUAUGGACUUGAAGGCCCAAAUUGGUGGGUAAUGUGGGCUGGGUUAUGUGGCUAAAAAGAGGGCUGAGUGGGGCAAAGGAAACUGCCAGGAACUGCUUGGAACUGCUUGGAACUGCUAGUAACUGCCACAACUGCUACAUGGGCGCUGGAGCCUUGGGGCGCGCGGGAAACGCCUUGGGGGCGCCUGGAGUAUAUAUAAUAUUUAGAUAGGCAUUCUAAAUAUUAUGCACAGGGGGUGUAUCAUUAUGCACAAUAGGUGUAUGAGUAGAAUUACAAGUUCUAAUGGAUCUGCACUUGUAAUAUCUAGUAUGCUAGGCAGUGGGAGUCUGUAAGUAUACACUUUGUAUUUAUAUGCUAGGCAGUUGGAAGUCUGUAAGCAUAUGUUGAGUUUGUAAUCCUUUCAUUGUUGGGGCAAUAAAGGUUGGGCUUGUUUGGCCUGUAUAUUGUUGUGUGUUUACAUUUGCAUGGUAAUCAAACACACUUACACACACUUGGGUUGUGUGGGGGAAAGGCUGACUGUUCUUGGGCAGGGCGCAGCGUGGGCGCAACAGGGGCGCAGCAGGGCGCUGGCGGGCGCUGGGUCAAGGGCAGGCCGCGCAGGGGCGAAAAAUUCAAGGGUGAGAACUUACCCCUGUGACAAAUGGUAUCAGAGCGAGGUUGGAAGUUUUUGGGAUGGUUUUCGCUGGAUAAGUUCAUUAAGAUCAUGGGGACUCCGUGGGACAGUAGCGUCUAUGGUGAUGUUACUCGGUUUGAGAAGUUGAGUGUGUGGACUCUAACUUGACGCCGUUGGUGAUGGAAUACCAAGUCGUGAAGGAUGACCGUGAUGAGAUGGAAAAAGCCAUGCGGAAUCAGAUGGGAAAUCAGAUGGAAUUGAUUUUCCUGAGACGGGAUGGUGUUAAAGUCCCGUUGGGUGGUGGCAACCCUAAAUUUGAAAGGGUUUGGUGCAUGGUGCACAAUUGGGUAAUGCUCCGGGUAGGAGGGGCGCUUUCAAAGUUUAAUUGAAGGCAAUUGAGUGGGAAUUUGUUGGAUACACAAAAGGCAGCGUUGUAAGGGCAUGAUCGUUGGAUAGAAGGCAAUGGUGGGCGUAGAUAUCGGCGAUUGGUGCAAAGGCAGCGGGCAAGGGUAUCUACAUUGUCCUUGGGAUAGGACGUGAAUCUCUUAGAGUGGGUAACCGAGAGAUUUGUGGGUGAGUACUUCAUGUGUUGGGCAGCAAUGUUAAGUCUCUAAUGGAAGUGAGGCAGAUUGAUUGGUUGUUGGCAAGGUGAAGGAAGAAGUUUCACGAGGUUCAUAUGUUUGGCAACCUCAAGUCAAUGAGGGCAUUGACUCAAGUGGUGUGGGAGGGUUUGUAAGACCCUUAUGUUGCUAAGACGGAUUUUAGCAAGGGGACGUUAAGUCACCCCGAGUCGACCCUGUGGAUUGGCGUUGGGCUGGGCGCCAGGGUCAAAGCUUAAGGUAGCUGGGUUUAUAUUGGGGCAAGGUAGCAGAUGGACAUGUCGCCUUGUGUAGCCUUGGAUUGGCUUGGAAGACCCUUGAGUGGUUUUGUGGGAUUUGGACUUGGAGCGUUGGGGCGACUCCAAGGGCGGUCGCUGAGCUGGGCAGCGACCAGGCGCAGGUAGAGCGCAGGUAGGGCGCUACUGGGCGACGGCGCCUGAAGGGUGGCAUUAACCCGGGCUGAUGGAUGCUUGGGGUAAAUUGUUGGAAGCUAAGUGCUAGAGAGUUGGAGUCUUGGGCUUAGUAAAUUGGGCAGGUUGCUCAGGCCAAGUGAGGGAGGCACUUGGGCCAAAAUGGAGUUGCGUACAUAGGCGCUUGGGCUGCGUCCUAUGGGCGCCUGGACACUCUUGAGAAGUGUUUUGGUGGGCUAAUCAUAUGGACUUGAAGGCCCAAAUUGGUGGGUAAUGUGGGCUGGGUUAUGUGGCUAAAAAGAGGGCUGAGUGGGGCAAAGGAAACUGCCAGGAACUGCUUGGAACUGCUUGGAACUGCUAGUAACUGCCACAACUGCUACAUGGGCGCUGGAGCCUUGGGGCGCGCGGGAAACGCCUUGGGGGCGCCUGGAGUAUAUAUAAUAUUUAGAUAGGCAUUCUAAAUAUUAUGCACAGGGGGUGUAUCAUUAUGCACAAUAGGUGUAUGAGUAGAAUUACAAGUUCUAAUGGAUCUGCACUUGUAAUAUCUAGUAUGCUAGGCAGUGGGAGUCUGUAAGUAUACACUUUGUAUUUAUAUGCUAGGCAGUUGGAAGUCUGUAAGCAUAUGUUGAGUUUGUAAUCCUUUCAUUGUUGGGGCAAUAAAGGUUGGGCUUGUUUGGCCUGUAUAUUGUUGUGUGUUUACAUUUGCAUGGUAAUCAAACACACUUACACACACUUGGGUUGUGUGGGGGAAAGGCUGACUGUUCUUGGGCAGGGCGCAGCGUGGGCGCAACAGGGGCGCAGCAGGGCGCUGGCGGGCGCUGGGUCAAGGGCAGGCCGCGCAGGGGCGAAAAAUUCAAGGGUGAGAACUUACCCCUGUGACACCUACUACGGUGGUGACGGGUGACGGAGAAUUAGGGUUCGAUUCCGGAGAGGGAGCCUGAGAAACGGCUACCACAUCCAAGGAAGGCAGCAGGCGCGCAAAUUACCCAAUCCUGACACGGGGAGGUAGUGACAAUAAAUAACAAUACCGGGCUCUUUGAGUCUGGUAAUUGGAAUGAGUACAAUCUAAAUCCCUUAACGAGGAUCCAUUGGAGGGCAAGUCUGGUGCCCGUCCGGCGCCCGGACGGCGCGCGUUGGUUCUCACCUCCUGUCUCAUCUUGUCCCCCUUCACCUGCUCUUCUUCCCCAUCUGUGUUUCCUUUCCGAUCUGUUACUUUAUGGACGAUUUCCCCCCCCUUCCGCCUCCUGGGCUUGUUGCUCCAGUGGUGCCUGAGAAUGCUCCUAUGGUGCUCGAUGAUAUGCCUGAGGUGGCUUCGCCGCCUUUAAACAUUGUGCCUCUUGCCUCUAGUGAUGAAAAUGUUCCUUUAAUGGCUGUGGAUGAUGUCCAGGACCAUUCUUCCUUUGAUUUAUAUGCUCAAAUGCCAGCUGAUGUUCUAUUGGGUAAUACUGUUGAAGCUGCGAGCUCUAGUGACUCUGUUGCUCAGGUCACUCAGGGUGUGCGCAGUGUAUCUCCGGUGGAAGCGCGUGGGGCGCCUGCGCCUGGUAGCGCUCGAGAUAUGCGCGAGGCUGCGCGUACGGUGUCUGCGCCUGAAAAUGCUCGGUGUGCGCGCGAGGUUGUCACUGUGGCUGAUUUGCAAGCUCAAUCUCAGUCCAUCAAACACCAACGCACCAUGAUUGAUGUAGGUACAUUUCUUGAGCGUAAUGGCCUCUCUAUGAAAGACUUUGUUAAUUUUCAAAGUUCUAAAUAUGCUAGAAAUAUUGAUGAUUUGGGGUUUGUAAAAGCUAAAAAUCUAGAGGAUUUAAAGGAUAAUUUUGAGAUUCAAAAUGGGAUUUUACGAAUCUCUAAUGGCUCUACUGGUUCGGGUUCUGAGUCCACUAGUUGUAAUGAUUCUUCGGUUCCCAGAUUAACAUGGUCUAAGAUUGUCAAGGAUAAUGAAUACCCUACUGGGCAGUUUGAUGAUGCUUUUAAAGAUGCACCUCGUGUGAUUUCUGAUAAUGGUGAUGGUACUGCAACUCUUGAGCUACCUAGGGCUUUUUUGUUGAAAGCUCGUGGCCAAUGGUCCACAAGUUGCAUUGGACACUUUGUUGGUCCAAGUUGGCAAUUUCGAUAUGUAAAAGAACAAGCUACCAAGUUGUGGUCCAACAGUGGACUCAAGAAUGUUUAUUACAACUCUAAGGGGUUUUAUACUUUUCGAUUUGGUGAAGAAGCUGAUAUGAAAAAGGUUUUAGCUCUUGGGUCAGUUCAGAUGAAUGGUAAGCGUUUGUAUCUUGCUCCUUGGACUGAUGGAGCCACAUUUCAAAAGAAUGUCAUUAAAAGGGUUUCUACCUGGAUUAAGCUUGUGGAUGUGCCACAUUCUUACUGGACCAUGGAGGGACUUGGUCACAUUGCUAGGGCAGUUGGUGAGCCCAUCUCCCUUGACAAACAAACCUCAACCUUUAAUCCCAUGAAGUAUGCGGGGGUUUUGGUGGAAAUUCAAUAUGGUGCCUCUUUUCCUAAGGCUGUUUGGGUCCCUGUUCUUGAGGACGAUAAUUGUGAUAUUGUUAAGGUGAAAGUGGGAAUUGAAUAUAGCUCCGUGCCUCAAUCAUGCUCCUUCUGCAAAGCGUUUGGUCAUUAUGAUUCCCGUUGUGAAAAAAACCCGUCAUAUGUGAAACCACCCACUAAAGAGAAGGCCCCGGUUAACAAGGGCAAAGGUAAGGUUGAUGCCUCUACUGGGCACCCUGUCGAGCCCUUAUCCUCAAAAAAGGUCCCAGAAAACUCAAAAGUUCCCAAGGAGAAUCCUGCCAAGGUUGCCCAUAACACUGGCACCUUCAAUCAGUUUUCUGUUCUUGAAGAAGGUGAGAUUGGUGCUUCGGCUGAAACUGUGAUUCUUGAUAUUUCUGAGCCUUUGGAGACCAAUUGUGUUCAUGAGAUUGAUGCCCCUGUAAUGCCCCAUGGUGCCCCUGUGGUGCCCUUGGAUUGCCCUGCUGUUGUGGAGCCCGUAAGUGCGCCUGGUGCGCCCCUGGCAACUGCUAGUGCGCCUGUUGUGCCCCAGAUGAGCCCCAGAGUUUCUGCGCCUGACAGCGCGCCUGUUGCGCCCUUGGAAUGCUCGAGGGAUGCUGAGCCCGUAAAUGCCCCGGUUGCGCCCCUGGGAUGCCCUGAGGAUGUUUCUGUGGCUAAUAUGGAGAUGGAUGUUGAUCAGCCACAUGUGUUUGAGGUGGUUUUUGCUCUGCCUGCUGCCACGACUCCACCUAGGUGCCCACCUGUUGCUCGUAGCUCAGAUGCACCUCCUGUGCUUGAAUCGCCUAAGAACAAAAGGAAAAAAGGGCGAGCCAAGGGCCAAAAUGGGCCUUUCUUUACUGAUUCUGCUCAGACUUCUCCACCUUUGUCUACACCUAGCAAGAGGGGAAAAAAUGUGGAUGAGGAUGGUUUCACACAGGUUGAAUCUAAAAGAAGCCUACGGUCACGGGGCAAGGUGACCAACCCCACUGUUUCUCAAUGAGCUACGCCGCCUGGAAUGUUAGGGGCUUGAAUAAACGAUCUCACCAAAAAGAGGUCCUUUCUUUUCUGAAUAGUAAUCAUUUAAGCUUUGUUGGUUUAUUGGAAACUAAAGUUAAAAGCAUGAAUGUUUGUAAAGUUGUUAGCAAAUUAA